AUGUCUAGUAGUAGUGAUGGAAAUAAGAAGGCUUCCAUGUUUUUUGCUGGACUGAUUGUCCUAUUUCCACUUCGUUUGGUUAUAACGGCUGCCAGUUUUUCAAUAGUAAGGUUCCAACUCCCACCAAGUCUAAUUGGACUAUUCAUUAACAAAUUCAACAAUCCUUUGCAAAUUUCUAUCGUAAUCGGUACUCUGUUAAUCAAUAUAUUAUCAUGGUCUAAUUUAAAUGAAAAGGUUAUGAGAUAUACUUCUAUCACUGUUCAUUGGCUAUAUUUAAUUAUCCAUUUAAUAUUGUUAUUAAUUUACAGGAGUGGUGGUAUUGAGGGUAACUUGGGUGCAUAUUACUGGGUAAUAAUAGUGGCUGGUAUUUUAUCUGGAGCGAUUAUUACAUCCGUGGUAGGCGUCAAUGGAAAAGAUGUUGCCUGCUUCACUGUCUCUGUUCCUCUAUCUGGAAUCCUAGUGUCCGGAUACCAUUUUUUAUUUUUAAAGUAUGCAAAUAAAUUAUCAACUUAUGAAACUAGUUACAACAUUGUUUACUAUCAAAUAAUAAUAUCAAUUUUAAUAAUUUUUGUAGCAUCAAUUUUAUGGACGAUGUCAUUUUCUAGGAAUACAACUAGUUCAAGUACUGAAGGCUCAGACGGUGGUUCUACUAUAUCUGAAGUCAUAUCGCAGAUGGGUUUGACUGUGGUAGGGCAGGGUUUACAGCUGGUUAUUUAUCCGGGUAUUGCACCUUAUCAAUUAAUUUCUAUGGAUGAAGGACGUAUUAUUGAUGCAUAUUGUAUGUUGUUUUGUGUAUUCCCACAACUAGUGCUUUUCACAAUGGAAAUGCUUGGUUCAACUGGAGCUCCAAGUAAAAAAUGGGAAGGUAACUUGAAAUUUUGGAACCUUACGUGGUUAUCGGUAAUUAUAUAUUUGGGUUUGGCAAUAACAUUUUUUCAUGUAUUAUAUUAUCCUGAUAGUACAUUAUCAAAGCAUAUCAUUGGUAAUAAGGCAGUAGUAGGAUGUUUAACAGUUAUGUUUUUAUUACUUCACAAUACAAUAACGAACAUAGGAUUAAAUGGUGUAGGCCCUCAUGGCACAUUUUAUAACAGCUUAAACAUGCUAUUAGGUCUUGGUACCAUGACGGCUUUAGGGUAUAUAGGGGAUGGGCAUUUAACCACGUACCGUAUGUAUUCUAGGGAAAAUUGGCCAACUGAAGGAUUUACUAAUUUCCAGGCAUUUAAAUUUUGGUGCAGAGGUACAAUGUCCAACACAUGGUACAGUAUAAAAACAUCAUUUAAUACUGAUAUCAGAGGAGUAUUUAGCAAUAUGAAGUAA